UAUGCUGAAGAUGAGAUUUUCCUUUUCUACGUGUCGGUAGCCAUCGGUAGCAGUGAAUGAUCAUUGAGUAAACGCCGGUUUGUAUGAAAAGUCGUCGUAAAAUAAACGAAGUAGCAAACACGCGAUGAUUGGCUGGUAAGAGAGCUCAUUGUUUCAACAAAAGGACUUAAAAAUGACCACAAUGUGUCUCGCGAACAUAUCCGGUGUGCCGGAUAAACAUUGGCAGCCACCCUUCGUUAGCUUUGAGACCACGAUGGGCGAAAUAACUCUCGAGCUGUACUGGAAACAUGCCCCUAUCACCUGUAGAAACUUUGCCGAGCUCACGCGACGUGGAUAUUACAAUGGCACCAAGUUUCACAGAGUCAUCCGUGACUUUAUGAUUCAAGGUGGCGAUCCCACUGGGACAGGCAAAGGUGGGAUGUCCAUAUAUGGCGAGUGUUUUGACGACGAGAUACAUGACGAUUUAAAACAUACAGGAGCUGGAAUAUUAUCAAUGGCAAAUUCUGGACCGGAUACAAAUGGAUCACAGUUUUUCAUAACGCUUGCACCUACUCAAUGGCUUGAUGGAAAACAUAGUAUAUUCGGUAGAGUUCAUUCUGGCAUGGCAAUAGUGAAGAGGAUUGGAUUAGUCGAGACAGACAAGAAUGAUCGCCCAGUGGACGAUGUUAAAAUCGUAAAAGGUUCUGUGAAGAAUUCAUAAUUUAUUAAAGUAAAUUUUUAUAAUUUUUAGAAUAAGUAUAUUUUAAAA